GUUAAAUAGAUCUUACAUGAAUGAAUGCUGUUAUCUUUGUUGUUUACUUUAUAGACCUAAUCUUACUAGUCGAGACUUCUUUUAAUUACUGUUUCAUGGAAAAAUCAAAGUCAUGCCAAACUUCUGAAGUUGGAGAAAUUCCAGCAAUCCUGGCAUCACCAGAAGAAAAUGAGGACCCAAAGAAUAAACUAGAUGAAUCAAAUGGAAGUCUUAUGAAAGAAAAUGAAGAUAAAAAUUUGGAACAUAAAAAUGAACCGGUAAAAGAUGCCAGCAGUAUGAAGGUUCAGAGUGAUGAUGAUACGAAGAGUAAAGAAACACCCACUGAUCGAGCCACUGACACUGUUUCACAAGGUGAUACGAAUGACAGCAAAAAAGAAAAAGUUGGAAAACCAGCAGGAACAAAAGAGAAGCUCAAAAAGACUGGGAAAGUGACGGCAGAAAAAAAGGGUCCUUCUGCAGCCAAGCCGGAAAAGUCUUUAGAAGAGUUUCCAAAAGAUCUAACUGGAUUUGGCUAUAAAUUUAAUCAAGAUGGACAUAUGGUGUCUAUUGAAACAGGCGAGUCGUUUAAGUUUGAAGUACGUAAAGGUGACAAGAAGUAUAACCAGAAACACUAUGAGGCAUUAGGAGAAGUAAUUACACCAAUGGUUUAUGAUUUACUGAUUGAUAAAGCACAUCUAGUCAAGCAUUUAAUACCAGUUGACAGGAAACCAAAAGAGCCAUUUUCGUUUAUCUUUGCAUCACAUGAUGCAUUCACCAAUGAAGAGAAACUGAUGGUAAUAAUACAUGGAAGUGGAGUAGUGAGAGCUGGUCAAUGGUCUCGAAGUUUAAUUAUCAAUGACUGUUUGAACAGUGGUACACAACUGCCUUUUAUCAAAAGAGCAGCUGAUGAAGGGUAUGGCAUUAUUGUGUUCAAUGGAAACAGAAACCAUGAAGAUGACGAUGAAAAGAAACGUGAAAUUAGGGGUAGUUCCAGUCCAGUUGAACAUGGGCUAUAUGUGUGGGAGAAUUUUAUUGCCCGCAAAACUAAAGCAGAAGUUAUCCAUAUAAUAGCACACAGUUAUGGAGGAAUUGUCACAGUUGAAUUAGCAAAGAAAUUUUCUGAUGACUUCAGUAAACGAGUUCAAAAGAUAGCCUUCACAGAUUCUGUUCAUGACUUGGACACUCAGAAAGCACCAGGUGAUGUUCGACGAUACUUCACUAGAGUUGCAGUCAACUGGGUUAGUAGUAAUGAUCCUUUGGAUACACCUCAAAAAUACGGUAGAAGUGAGGUGCAGAGAGUCUCAGCAGGUACACCAAAACAUCCAGAAACUUCGUGGUUUGCUUAUGAGUCCAUUUUCAAGUUUCUACAAGAUCCAUUUUAUAAAAAAUAGUAACGCUUAGUUAUAUAUUUAUUUUAAAUAAAGAGUAUUUUAUUUUUGAUCUUGAUAACAAACUAUUUCAGUAGAAAAAACACAAUUAUAAUAACUAUUGAUACAACACUUCUGUUUGUGAAGAUUUGUUAAUUUGAAGCAACUGUAAAAA